CCACUCCCGUGGCAUCACAGAUUAUGUUUUAAAACAAGUCUCAGGCUUUGGGUGACAGGUACAGCUUGGUUGGCAGAGCUCUGCGGUGCCGCUGUCUUCUGCUGCUUGGUCGUUUCACAGGGAUGCCUGGCUGUGAGGUAGGCGACUGAACCUCGGGCAUGGAAGGGAGAGGACCUUACCGCAUCUACGACCCCGGCGGGGGCCCGGAGGAGAAUGGCCCCACGGCCUUCGAGCGGCUGGUGGAGGAGAACACCCGCCUGAAGGAGAAGAUGCUGGGCAUCAAGUCUAUUGGAGAGUUGCUAGAGGAGUCCCAGAUGGAGGCAUCCAAGCUGCGGCAGAAGGCAGAAGACCUUGUGAAGGACAACAAAAUGUUGAUAGCAUCUUCCUUGGAGGACCUGGUGGAAACAGGAGCUGUUGGCCCUGACCCCAGCUCCACUCGGACUGCCCCGGGCAGCACCCAGCCAGACACGGAAGCACGGAAAUCUCCUCCAAGUGGAUCCUCCUCGGAGUUCGAGGUUGUGGCUGUCGAAGCACAAGGGUUUCCCCAAGAGGGCAGGAGAGUGGACUUGGAGCAGCCAUCAAAUGAGGAUGCCAACUUGCUGCCCCAGCUGCAGCAGCUGGAGAACACGCUGAGUGGCUGUGCCAAGGAGGCCAGCAAGGACCAGGUCUUCGUGCGCAUGGGCUACAUGGCCUCCGAGCUCAAGCGCCUGGCCUCCAAGGUGCACAAGAACGAGCAGAGGACCUCCUUCCUGCAGACGCUGUGUGAGACGCUGCACAGUGAGAACAAGGAGCUGAGAACCAAGCUAGAGCACGACCUGGAGCAGAGGAACCAGGCGCUGGAGAAGCUCAGGUGUGAGAACCAGGAGCUCCGGAGGAUGGUGACGCUGAGCAGCCAGGACAGCGGGAAGAGGGAAGCUGCUGAGCAGCAGCAGCAGAGCGGGGCCACGGUGGAGAAGGCGCCGGGCAGAGGAGAGCUGGAGGCCAAGGAGAAGAAGGUGAAGAUCCUGGAGCACCAGCGCAGGGAGCUGCUGGAGGUGAAUAAGCAGUGGGAUCAGCACUUCCGAGCCAUGAAGCAGAAGUACGAGCAGAAGCUCACAGACCUGCACCAGGAGCUGGCCGAGGCCCGCAGGGCGCUGUCGGAGCUGGAGGCGGAGCGGGAGCAGAAGCAGAGGGAUUUUGACCGCAAGCUGCUCCUGGCCAAGUCCAGGAUUGAGACAGAGGAGGCAGAGAAGGAGAGGCUGGCCAUGGAGGUGAGGGACCUGCAGCAGAGGAUGCGGUUCCUGCAGGAGCAGCUGGCUCCAGUCACCAGGCAACGGGAAUACCAGGAAAAGGAGAUCCAGAGGCUGAACAAGGCACUAGAGGAGGCUCUGAAUGUCCAGGCCUCUCCACCACCCAUCUUUGCCAACACCAUGGAGCCAGUGGGGAAUAUGCCGCAGCAAGAGCUGCUGACCCAGAAUGAGCUACUCAAGCAGCAGGUGAAAAUUUUUGAGGAGGACUUCCAGCGGGAGCGGAGUGACAGGGAAAGGAUGAAUGAGGAGAAGGAAGAGCUGAAGCAGCAGCUGGAGAAGCUGCAGAAGCAGUUGGUGCUCUCCAAUAACCAGCUGCGAGCCUCUAAGGAUGACUGCCAGCGGGAGAAGGAAGAGAAGGAGAAGCUGAAGAAGCUGCUGAAACAGCACAAACAGGCUUCCGGAGAGAGGCUGCACCCCGAGCCGCUGCCAGGGCCGCUGGGCCCUGCCUGUCCUGUGUACCAGUACCAGUACAGCCCCCCCGUGGCCCACCCCAUGUACCACGGCUUUGAGGAGUGGCAGCAGAUCCGGUACCCGCCAGCCAUGCCCGGCGAGCACCCGCCAGGACAGAACUUCCACCAUUUUCCCCCGCCCGAGUACCCCUGGCGCCCGCCCUGCGCCAUGGCUCGCAGCCAGAAUGCCCAGGCAGUGGCCGGGGUGAAGCCGGUGCCCAAGGACUUGGAACAGGCAGGUCCCGGACUGCCCUAACGCCAAGGAGCGGCUGCGCUGCCAGCGGAAGAGGAGUAGGGUGUGUGUGUGUGCCCCUGUGUAUGUAUCUAGGAGCUUCCUCUGGCUGCCUGUCCCUGUCCAUGGACGUGCGGUGGAAGUGGCCACAGCCAUGGCCUGGAGCAGCUCAGCAGUGCAUCCCCAUGAGGACAGUGUGAAGGAGGGACUGAAGGUGCCCUUGUGGUGGCAACCAACCCAGGAUGAGUCUCUGUGGCCGUCCCCUUGCCCAGGGGGCGUCAGGCCUGGCGUUGCUGUAGAGCUGAGCCAAGUCUUCAGGGAAGAGGAGCUGGUGCUUCCCAGGAGCAUGCCAGGAGCUGCCCGGCCCGGGGGCGUCAGUUGAGCUCCCGGAGGUGCAGGGGACAGUGGGGACUCUCCCGGCAGUGGGAGAUCCUGUGCUCACAGGCAGGUGCCUGCCACAGCCAUGGCCUGGGCUGAGGGGGGUUGGUGUCUUUGUAUUUAUUUAAGGACUGAAGUGUA